AUGAAUGAUCAUUCAGAUAAAUCUUCUGAUGAAUAUGAUUCAUGUUCAUCAUUUGCACCAAGUGAAUCCUCUUUAAUAUCUUUAAAUGAUGGUUCAUAUUCAAGUUUAGGAUUUCAAAAUACUUAUAAUUCAGAGUACUCCACUACCUCAACAGUUCGUUCAAAUCCUGACUCAUGUAUCUCUUGUUACAUUUCACCAGAUGAAUUGGAAUGUAUAAAGUAUACUGGGCCUUCUGUAUCAUCAAAACCAUUGCUAAAAGUUAAUUCUAAUAAAAAAGAUUCAAAAAAUGUUAAUCCAAAGAAAGGUAUAGAAUAUUUAUAUGACUCAACAGAAACGAUAUGUUAUGAUAAUGAGGCAACACAAAAAUUAAACAAAAAAAGAGGACUUUCAGAUGGUUUUGAAAAUUUUGCAUGUUCUGAGUUAUCAUUAUCAGUGGAACGGUUACCAAUUUUUUUACAAAAACUUCUUAAAAAUAAAAAAGUUGAGGUAAUUGAGGUGACUGAUCAAAUUGAUUUAAAAUUAUCAAAUUAUUUUUAUUAUAAUGUAAAAUUUGUAAUUGAUGAUGAUGAUUGUAUUUCAUCAUUUACUAAAGAUUUUUAUCAAAGUCAAAAAAUUUAA